AGAGCAGAGGGUCUCAGUCCGGCCCCUCAUUUCUCCCAGCUCAGCUCAAGAAUCUAGUGGUCUGUCCACAUGAUCCUCUGUUCUGAUGCAACCCGUGGUAAUGCCUGGUGGAGCUCGCUCUCUUCUUGACCAAUGGCCGCAUAGCGCAACUAGCAGCCCUACCAAUCAUCUAUCACAGGUACUAAAUUCCGGGGACGCUGCAGAAAAUAACAUUUUCUCCGAGAUGAACCUGUGCUGGAGUGAAAUAAAGAAGAAAUCUCACAGUUUGAGAGCUCGCCUAGAAGCAUUUUCAGAUCCUACUUUCAAGUUGCAGCCGCCCCUUCAAGAGAUCAUUGACUGGCUAGGGCAAAAAGAUGAAGAGUUGUCAGCCCAGCUACCUUUGCGAGGUGACCUCUCUAUGGUCCAGCAAGCCAAAGAUAAAAAUAUGGUGUUUAUGGAGGAGAUAAAAUCACGUGGCCCCUAUAUAUAUUCUGUCUUGGAGUCAGCUCAAUCCUUCCUCACACAGCACCCCUUCCAAGAUGACACUGAGGACACGUCAACACAGGGAAAAGAUACGUCUCCCAGAAGCCGCUCACAGAGCCUUAGUCGAUUGAUCUGGAAGCAGGCUAGUGUUGCCAGUGAGUUGUGGGACAGACUGACUGCUCGCAGUCUGGAUCAGCACCGCCACCUCGAAAGGACUCUAGAACAACUUCGAGAGCUUGGUGUUUCCAUGAAAGAAGCAGGUGAAACUCUGGAACAGGCUGAGAGUGUCCAAUCCACCUGGGAACCUAUAGGAGAUCUGUUCAUAGACUCUCUUCCAGAACAUAUACAGGCAACAAAGCUUUUUAAGGAGGAAAUGUCCCCUAUAAAGGAUACUGUGAAAUUGGCAAAUGACAUUGCACAUCAGCUUGCUGUGUGUGAUGUUCACCUCUCCAUGGAGAACGCAAGAGAGCUUGAGCAGAUCAACAACCGGUGGAAACAGCUUCAGACCUCUGUAGGAGAACGCCUUCGCCAGUUGCAAGAUGCCCACCGUGACUUUGGGCCUGAGUCACAGCACUUCUUGUCAUCAUCAGUUCAAGUUCCGUGGGAGAGAGCCAUAUCCCCCAACAAGGUGCCAUAUUAUAUAAAUCACCAGGCUCAAACCACCUGCUGGGAUCAUCCCAAGAUGACAGAGCUCUACCAAGCUCUGGGGGAUUUAAACAACAUCAAGUUUUCUGCCUAUCGGACUGCAAUGAAACUGCGAAGAGUGCAAAAAGCUCUAAGAUUGGACUUAGUCACACUCCCCCUCCUCUCCCAGAUGUUUAGCUGUGAUAUCCUGCAGUCUCCAGAUCGCUGUCUUGAUGUGCUUGAUGUGAUCCGCUGCCUCAGUUCAUUGUAUGAAAGACUAGAAGAAGACCGCGGCCUUCUGGUCAAUGUCCCCCUGUGUGUGGACCUAACUCUGAAUUGGCUUCUAAAUGUUUUUGAUGGUGCCCGCAGUGGUCGUAUUAGAGUUCUGUCUUUUAAGGCAGGAAUUGUGUGUCUGUGUGACUCCGACGUGAAGGGGAAGCUGCAGUAUCUGUUCUCCCAGGUGGCUGGCCCUUCUGGAAACUGUGAUCAGCGGCAACUUGGCCUCCUCCUACAUGAAGCCAUCCAGAUCCCUCGCCAGCUAGGGGAGGUUGCAGCUUUUGGAGGCAGCAAUGUGGAGCCAAGUGUCAGGAGCUGCUUCAGAUUUACUAAUGGAAAUUUGCAUUUGGAGCUAUCUCAGUUCCUGGAGUGGGGAAGCCUGGAGCCACAGUCAUUGGUUUGGCUCCCAGUACUGCACCGUGUGACAUUAGCUGAGUCUGUCAAACAUCAGACAAAGUGUUCGGUCUGUAAGCAAUGUCCUAUGAAAGGCUUCAGGUACAGAAGUUUGAAACAAUUUGGAGUCGAUAUCUGUCAGUCUUGCUUUUUGACUGGUCAAGCUGGAAAAGGCAAUAAGCUCCACUAUCCAAUCAUGGAAUAUUACACGCCGACAACCUCCGGGGAGAAGAUGAGAGAUUUUGCUACUACUCUUAAAAAUAAAUUCAGAACUCGUCAGUACUUCUGCCGGCACCCGCAGAGGGGCUACCUACCUGUACAAUCUGUGCUGGAAGCUGAAGUGUCGGACACACCAGUCUCUUCCCCAAUGCUUCCGCACGCUGAUACACAUUCACGCAUAGAGCACUUUGCAAGCAGGCUCGCUGAAAUGGAAAGUCAGAAUUGCUCCUUCUUCAACGAUAGCCUCUCUCCAGAUGACAGCCUAGAUGAAGAUCAGUAUCUGCUUCGACACUCGAGUCCCAUUACCGACCGGGACCCAAGCAACACGUCGCAAACUCCUGGCACCUUUAAUCCAGAACAGGAACAAGGAGAGCUGGAGAAAAUCCUUGCCCACCUCGAGCAUGAGAACAGAAUUCUCCAAGGAGAGCUGAAACGGUUGAAGUGGCAGCAUGCAGAGGCUGGUGAAAGUGCAGUGUUGGGAGAGGUUUCUUCAGACUCGGGAGGUGGUGGCAGUGGUGAGGCACAGAGUGAAGAGUUGUUGAGUGAAGCACGGAUCUUAAGGCAUCACAAGAACCGUCUGGAAACACGUAUGCAGAUACUGGAGGACCACAACAAGCAGCUUGAGUCACAGUUACAUCGACUCAGAGAGCUACUUCUGCAGCCAAACACAGAUGAUGGGAAACCUUCAUCUUCCUCCACUACUCCAGACUCUGAAAAUAAGUGUCCUGUGGAAAGGAAUGGCGGCACGCCAGAGACUGAGGCAGCAGAUGAUGUGGACAGUCGGACUAGAGAAGUAGGACUGUGUUUAGAAGACAUUAUGGAGAAACUAAGAAAUGCCUUCCCCAAUACUAGAGAUGUUGACAUGGCACCUGUGACGUCCAACACAUUGCCUUUGUGACAAUAAACAUGCACAUGACUGAUGUGCAGUGACAUAAGAUUUAUCCUCUUCUGGCAAGGUUCAAUAACGCAUCUUCCCAGCCAAUGUGAAGGAGAUAAAAGGUGCACAAGUAGCACCAGUCCCAAAUUAGGUUAUGGUUUUUCAAGCCUUGGCUUGACAGUAGCGUCUAAUCUUUCCUGAACUCCACGCUAGUUAUAAGAUGUCUAUGGAUUAAUGAAUUGUGGUUAUGUGCACACCUUACAUCACUGUGCCUACUUUGAUUUUUUUCAAAGAUAUCUGUGUUAGAGGAUUGUGGUUAAUACCAACCUUCACCACUCCGAUUUAAGCUGGUAUUUUCAUGACUUACCGCAUGAGGAUCCUGGAUAACCAAUGAAAAGCAGAAUGUCAAGGGAAAAGUGUUUCCCCCAAUUUCCACCACGAAGCACCAGGGACAACCACUAUCAAGUUCAAUGUUAACAGAUGAUUACAGAUAUCUCAAUGUUUUCUGGUUAUAAUGCAAAGAAUUGCCUUGGACUUCCAUCACACCUGAUCGAACCAAAAUUAUCCUCAGUAACAGAGAUUAUAAUCACAGAAACCCAAUUCCAAAAUUCCGGGAAUCAGGAUCACUCACACUCCGAAUAUCUUAACAUGCUCCAAGAGGCCAUUUUCUCUUCAGUUUUUUUGUAUUUUUUUCAAAUAGGAGACUGCUAUGAUUAAUAUGUUUUAAUGAUUUGUCUUGCUUUCCUUUUUUAUGUAGGCGCGGAUAAAUGGAUGGGUAGUUUAUGAUUACAAUGUGAUACCAUUCAUUUUAAGAGUGCUUUAAAGAAUAGGGGAAUGUACAAGUAAAAGCUACAUUGAGGGAUGUGCACUUGUGGCUAGGAAGUAACAUCUGAGAAGGUGUAGGUAAUACGUUUAAAUAUAUUGUUAAAGUCAGAAUUUGUCUGUGUAGAUGUAUAGAGGGGGAAAAAAUCUGUCGUAUAUCGUGGAUCUGUCAGUGUUUCAUCUAUGGGUGCACUAUAAAUAAGCAGAGCCAAAGAUUAAUAUAUUUGAAGCAGUUAAAAUUAAAUCAUAUUAAUUAUAUAUUUCAUUAGCAGGUAAAUAUUAAAAUGAAUAGCAAACCAAUUACAGGAAUCAGGUCCAAAUAAAUAGCUGUAAUAGUAAAACUCCUGUUAAAUUUAAUCUAAAUGAUUUUUGUUUUUUACCAUGAGGAACUGCGGUGGAUAACCAAACCAGCAAAUGAAUAUUAUCCAGUACCAUAAAUGCAUAUAGAUACCUGUAAAUAUGAAAUAUUAAACACUAAAGAAGUGUAAGGGUAUAACCAAUAUAUCCUGAAUUAGUACAAUCAGAUAUUUAUAUAGACUUGUAAAAUAAUAAAAAAGAUUUUA